CGAUCCUCGACGACGCACCACCAUUUCCCAACCGUCGCACUCGAAGCCGGCCGCCACCAUGUCCAACGGCGACACAGAGAUGGCCGACGCCAACGCCGUAUCUUCCUCGUCCAAGGGGAAAGGAAAGGGUAAGGCCAGCGACAUCGCCGUCGCGCAAGCCAACGCAGCAGGCGAUGAGGACCUUCUACCCUGGGUCGAGAAGUAUCGUCCAGUCACUCUGGACGACUUGGUAUCGCACAGGGAUAUCACCACGACUGUCGAGAGCUUCAUAGAAAAGAAUCGUCUGCCCCACCUCCUCUUCUACGGUCCACCGGGAACGGGAAAGACGAGUACCAUCUUGGCUAUGGCUCGCAAGAUCUAUGGCGACAAUUGGAGGAACAACGUGCUUGAACUCAACGCAUCGGACGAGCGAGGAAUUGAGGUGGUCAGGGAGCAAGUCAAGAGCUUUGCUAGUACGCGAAACGUCUUUUCCGGAAACGCAGGAGGAGGGCCAGGAUUCAAGCUCAUUGUCCUCGACGAAGCAGACGCAAUGACCGCUGCGGCUCAGGGGGCUUUGCGACGAGUCAUCGAGCAAUACACGCGCAACGUCCGCUUCUGCAUCAUCUGCAACUAUGUCAACAAGAUCAUCCAAGCAAUCCAGUCCCGCUGUACGCGCUUCCGCUUUAAUCCUCUCGAGCUCGACCAGGUAGAGGAGCGAUUGGACCACGUCAUCGAAAAUGAAGGUGCCCACAUAACGCAAGACGGCAAAGAGGCCCUCCUCAAGCUCUCAAAGGGGGAUAUGCGUCGCGCCCUCAACGUCCUCCAAGCCUGCCAUGCCGCCUAUCCUUCCAUCGACUCCACGGCAGUCUACAACUGCACUGGCUCCCCCCACCCCGACGAUAUCCGCGCCAUGGUUCAGAGCAUGAUGAACGACGAAUUCACCACGGCCUACAAUACCGUUUCGGCGCUCAAGGCGCAGAAGGGGAUGGCGUUGGCGGAUAUGGUUUCGGGCAUUUAUGAAUUUUUGGAUGAGGUGAAAGUGGGGAGGGAGGCAAGGGUCUAUCUCCUUGAUCAGUUGGGUGGGAUUGAGCAUCGUUUGAGUACGGGAGGGGCGGAAAAGGUGCAACUGACUGCAUUGCUCGGAGCGGUCAAGAUGAGCUUGGAGUUGGCGGCCAAAGCGCAGGGGCAGGCCAAGGCCAAGGGGAAUGGGGCCAAGUAAUACACGCACGCAGUGCUCUUAUACACGCUCACCCUCGGUCGCAGUCUCACUCGCGGUUCAUCUGAUGCGCCUUCGCGCUGAUAUCACAUUCGAUUCCACAG